AUGACAACUAGAUUUAAUCUACCGGGGACAUUUCCUAUUGAUGAUGAAAUACCGUCUGCACCAGCAAACACCACCUAUUCAACAGUUUCAAGCACAGCAACUGAACUCAUAGAAUCACAACAAAACUUCCAAUUCAACAAUAAUCAACUAAUACACAACAAGACAAAAUAUCAAUUUGAUAUUCUAACACAAAUUGACGCUUUAGUUUAUAUUAUAAUUUUUUAUCAAUUUGUAAAAUUUUGCCAUUCUGCUUGUUUGAUCCCCUUGGUACUUCAUUUGGUAUUGCAAAUAUUAUUGAAUUCAAAGAUUGUGACACAGAAUAGCCAAGUGCCCAAUUUGUUAUCAUUUUUAUCAAACGAAGAUAAUCAAGAUACCAGAGAAAGAAUAUAUGAAACUUUCAUACAUAAAUACUGUUACUUGUUGUAUAUAAAGACUAUUCUUGUGAUUUUGUAUCAUACAUUAUUUGUUGCAACAUGGGUGAUGUAUUUAGUCGAUACUCAACAAUUACAGAAACUAAAUCAUGGAACUUGGUGGUUUAUUUCAUUCAUUGGUGAAGAAACUCCUGUAAUUGAUAAAUCUACCCCAUAUUGGUUGAAAUUGUUCGAGUUGGGAUUGUUUCAAUUGAUCUUCACUGAUGUAUUGAUUUUGUUUCUACAAUUGGCAUUGUACCAAUGCAUUUAUAAGCAAAGUGAUGCAUUUCACUUGGAUCGACGUUUAAAUGAGAAAGAGGUGUACAUAAUAAGAACCAAUGCCGACAGUACAAGUGGUAUAGAUGACCAGAGUGUGGUAACUGAUGCCGAUGGAGUUCCCACAGUUUUGAAAAUACGACUAUUUGAAUGUUUCAAAUCUGAUGCUUAUGCGUAUUGA